GACGUCAUCAGUGUGAGACUCUUUGUUGACAUGUCGUCGUUGGAUUUCAGAGACAACCUUCUCGGGAUUUCCUGGGUGGACAGUGGCUGGGUGCCAAUUCUUAAUCCUGGAAAUGUCCUGGAUUACUUCUCUGAGAGAAGCAACCCCUUCUAUGACAGGACCUGCAAUAAUGAGGUAGUGAAGAUGCAGCGGCUCACUCUGGAGCACCUGAAUCAGAUGGUGGGAGUGGAGUACAUUCUUCUUCAUGCUCAGGAGCCAAUUCUUUAUAUAAUCCGUAAACAACAGAGGCAGUCACCAACACAGGUGAUAUCUUUGGCGGACUACUACAUCAUAGCAGGAGUUGUGUAUCAGGCUCCAGACCUGGGGACAGUAAUCAGCUCCAGAGCACUUUCUGCAGUUCAUGGAAUCCAGUCAGCGUUUGAUGAAGCCAUGUCAUACUGCCGCUAUCACCCAUCUAAAGGAUACUGGUGGCACUUCAAGGACCAGGAGGAGAGAGAAAAGGCAAAGCCAAAAUCAAAGAAGAAAGAGGAGCCAAGUUCUUUGUUUCAGCGGCACCGUGUGGACACACUGCUUUUGGACCUCAGGUCAAAAUUCCCACCAACGUUUUACCAGCCUAAACCUGGGGAAAAGCCCAUUCCAGUUGAGGUGAAAAAAGAGCCUGAACCUCCCACAGAAACUGUAAAACAAGAGGAGAGGGAACCGGCCACAAAGUCGUCCGCUCCAGCUCCACCAAGUAAACCUCCUCCUGAGAAGAGAGCACGGCUGCAGUGAUGGAUACACAUGUCGCUCUCUGUGAAGAUGGAGUAGAGCCAUGAAAAGUCCUACAGCACUAAUUGAAAAAGAUAUAGAAUAUGUCCUGCCCUCUUCCAGAACUGCAAGAUGAUUCUCCACUCUGCUCAUUUGAUCAGUUUACAGGAUGCUAAGAAUGAAAUGGCCCCUCUCAGUGCCAGGACUACUUUUACACUGUAACCUUAGUCUCGUGUACUUAAUAGGUUUGGCAUCAUGGACGUUUCAGGCAGCUGCACCAACAAAUGGGCUUUAAACGUUUUGAUAUCAGCAGGUAUUUCGUCUUGGAUUUCGUCUUUUUUUUUUGCAAAUGAUAGGCUGACAUCAUCAUCAGUGUCGGAUUACGCUGACAUCAGCGUAAUAUUUGCGGUUUAGUGACUUCAUGGGACAGUUUUGAUCCCUACUCUACUUCACAGCAUGAUGUGUCAUGAAAGCAUUAUCACAUCUGAAAUGUAAAACCCCUCUUAAUCCAGACUCUUUAGUUACAAAUAUUUUCACUUGUUUUUUGUAUUAAAAAGUAUCUGCUAUUCUA